AUGUAUUUUUCCAUCUCUCUGCUUGGCUAUACACUUGCUCUCAUCUCGGAACUAAAGGCUCUUCGUGGACAGACCUCCGAAACCAGUCGGAUCGAGAUCAUGAACUAUUGCUUCGACCUAAUCAUUAACCAUUUUGUCGGGUUCUCGAGUCUGCUCUCGGAGAUAAAGCAAGAGUAUACGAUGAUGAUCAAUUCGUUUCGCAAUAUCGAGAACGAGAAGCUUUAUCUACGGUCCAAGGUCCAGAAGUUGCUGGGUAUCGAACUCGAGGUCAUCAACCAUGUUACGGGCCUCUACGAUGAGGAGAUGAGAAGUCUAGUUGAUGAAAACCAGAGGCUAUUGCUGCGAAUCAAAGGAUAUUUGGGAUACAUCGAGGACUGGCUCAAUCGCAAGCUCCAGAGCGAGCCCGAGUACGGCAAUCUACUGAACCGGGUCAAGAAUGAGGGGGCAACCCUCUUGAGUCAUCUGGGUCUCCGCGACGGCAAAGACGAGAGCAUGCGAUCUGCGGAGAAUGCCAAGAUCAAGGCCGAGCUCGAGGAUGCAAAAAAGGCUUUCAAGUCAAAGCAACGAGAGAUGCAGAAGCUUACAGAGCGUCUCGAGUCCAAGGAAGCCGAUCUCGCAACUUAUAAAUCUAAAAUCGAGGAUGUACAAACCCUAAACGAGACCCUCCGUUUGAAGCUUUCCAUCUUCAAGAGCGACGACCUAUCCGGCGAUCCUGACGACGGUGUCGAGUUUGUGUGA